AAUUGAAAUAAAUUAAUGAAAACACAUUUUCAAUAUACACAAGGAGCGGUCGAGGGUGCCGCCGGGCCGCCGCCGGAAAAGUCGUGGUUUGGUUGUUGGCUUUGUUGCAGACAAAAACGAUGGCGGCGCGUCUAUCUCAAGUAAAUUGGGAACGAACGACGAUUAGUGCGGUGCGAGUUGUUGUGACGUGACAUCAUCGUGUGACUUCAUCGCCUGCGCAAACUAAAGCUGUUCCAUUAAUGUAAUCUUCCUCCAUUAAUGGCGGUGCAGAACAGAUCAACGACUGCAGAUGGAAUGAAUGGAUGAAUGUAUCCGCACGUCACUCUCUGCGCUACCAGACAAAUCCACCUCUUCAACAAUCAACUCCCCGCCUUCAUUACGGCAACAACAGUAAUCGUAAUAACGAGGAACCUCCAGCAGCAGGAUUGAACAUCACCGACAGCCAGACCUUGAUCCCAUCCCCACCGCCGCCACCACCGCCGCCGCCGCCGCCAACCAACGAUGAUAGCCGAAAUGUUUCUGCAAAAAAAUGUGACUUAUUUAAGGGAGACUGGAUACCCGACCCGGACGGCCCACUGUACACGAACUUCACGUGCGAUGUGAUCGACGGUCCUCAGAACUGCAUCCGAAAUGGACGGCCGGAUUUGCAUUACAUUUACUGGAGAUGGAAACCGCGGGACUGUGAUCUGCCGAGAUUCGACCCAAUCAAGUUCCUCAAAAUGAUGCGCCACAAAUCCCUAGCCUUCGCCGGCGAUUCGAUAAUGCGCAACCAUGUCCAAUCCCUGCUCUGCAUGCUGUCUCAGAUCGAACAGCCCGUCGACGUCUACCACGACGAGCAAUACAAGAACAGAAGAUGGAAUUUCCCGACGUACAGCUUCAACGUGUCGCUGCUCUGGUCGCCGUUCCUCACGAAGGCAGUCACGUUCGAGGACGACAACGGCGCGGCGACGGCGCCGGACAUGAUCAGAAUACAUUUGGAUGUGACGGACGACGUGUGGGCGGAGCAAUACGAGGAUCACGAUUACGUCGUGAUCGCCGGCGGGAAGUGGUUUCUGAAAUCGGCGCUGUAUUACGUGAACAGGACGUUGAUCGGAUGCCAUAACUGCCACAAUCCGAACAUCACGCAGUUAGGGUUCCGGUACGCGUACAGGAAGGCGCUGAACACGACGCUGAGAUUCAUCGUGGAGAAGGCGAGGGGGAGGGCGAGGACGGUGGCGGUGUUCCGGAGCUUGGCGCCGGACCAUUUUGAGAACGGGGAGUGGAACACGGGGGGUUAUUGUAACAGGACGAGGCCGUUUAAGACGGGGGAGGUGGAGAUCAACGAGACGGACCAGGUGAUGCGGAGGGCGGAGCUGGAGGAGUUCGAGAGGGCUAGGGCGGCGGCAGCGGCAGCGGAGGAGACGGUGAAGCUGAAGCUGUUUGACGUGACGUAUAUGUCGCUGCUGAGGCCGGACGGGCAUCCCGGAGCGUACCGGCGGGAGCCGCCGUACGAUCCGGCGACGGAGGAUUCGAUCAAUGACUGCUUGCAUUGGUGCUUGCCGGGGCCGAUAGACUCGUGGAAUGAGCUUUUGGUGAUGGAGAUCUUGCUGCAGGGUACCUCUGGUGACGAUGAAUAUUGAUUACGAUGACAAUUGUUGGUGCGAAAAUAGAAAAACAGGACAACUUCUCAUAAACAAUUUUUAUUUUUCACAAUAAUAUCAAAUACAUUAUAUUUUUAUUGCAUAAUUUUUUUAAUCAUAAUUGAUAAGCUCUCUUGAUUUAAACUUACAUAUUCUCGUAAAAU